CCCUCUCUCUUCUCAGACGGCUCCAGCUUCGUCCGCCUCUGCGCCUCUCCGCUCCGCGUCUCUCCGUCUACCUGUCUCCCCCUCUCUCUCUCUCUCUCUCCCUCUCGCUCUGUCGCUCUCUGUCCCACUCUCCCCCCGGCUCGCCUCCCCCCUCUCGGUGCUGACAUGCUCCCGGGGAUCCGGAGAUGAGGCUCCGUAAUGUCUCCUUCCUGACGGUCUUGUUGUUCGGGCUGUGCGGGCUGGUCUCCCUGUCCUGGUACACCGCCUUCAGCAGCUCCAGAGGAGAUGUGGUGGACAUCUACCAGAGGGAGUUCCUGGCGCUGAGGGAGCGGCUCCACUCGGCGGAGCAGGAGAACCUGCGGCGCUCCAAAGAACUGAACCUGGUCCUGGAGGAGAUCAAGAGGGCCAUCGCUGAGAAACAGGCGCUGAGAGACAUCAACCGCACCUGGAGCAGCCUCUCAGAGGAGACGAGGCUGAAGCUGUGGAACGUGAGCAGCAGUAAGAACGUCCUGCAGCUUCCCUCCAUCUUCCAUCAUCUUCCUCACCUGCUGAACAGAGAGGACAGCCUGCAGCCUGCUGUGCACCUGGGACAGGGACGCACCGGAGUGUCCAUCGUGAUGGGGGUCCCCAGCGUGAAGAGGGAGGUUCACUCCUACCUCACAGACACACUCAGCUCGCUGAUGUCAGAGCUCAGCGCCGCCGAGAAGGACGACUGCGUCAUCGUCGUGCUGAUCGCCGAGGCCGAGCAGCAGUACGCCAGCAGUGUAGCCGACAACCUGAAGCGCCUUUUUCCUACAGAGAUCCAGUCGGGACUGUUGGAGGUCGUCUCUCCAUCCACUCAUUUCUACCCCGACUUCUCCCGACUGCGAGAGUCUUUCGGAGACCCCAAGGAGAGAGUGAGGUGGAGGACGAAGCAGAAUCUGGACUACUGUUUCCUGAUGAUGUACGCUCAGACUAAAGGAACUUACUACGUCCAGUUGGAGGACGACAUCGUUGCCCGUCCAAACUACUUCACCACCAUGAAGAACUUUGCGCUGCAGCAGCCGUCGGAGGAGUGGAUGAUCCUGGAGUUUUCCCAACUCGGCUUCAUCGGUAAAAUGUUUAAGUCCCUGGACCUGUCGCUCAUCGUGGAGUUCAUCCUGAUGUUCUACAAAGACAAGCCCAUCGACUGGCUGCUGGACCACAUCAUGUGGGUCAAGGUGUGCAAUCCCGAGAAGGAUGCGAAACACUGCGACAGGCAGAAAGCCAACCUGAGGAUCCGGUUCAAACCGUCGCUGUUUCAGCACGUUGGCACCCACUCGUCUCUGGCUGGAAAGAUACAGAAACUUAAGGAUAAGGACUUUGGGAAACAAACGCUUCAUAAGGGCCACGCCAACCCACUGGCAGAGGUGACGACCAGCCUAAAGACGUACCAGCACUUUACGCUGGAGAAGGCCUACCUGGGUGAGGACUUCUUCUGGGCCUUCACGCCUGUAGCUGGGGACUUCCUACGCAUACGCUUCUUCACCCCUGUCCGCAUUGAGAGAUAUUUCUUUCGUAGUGGAAACAUCGAACAUCCAGGAGACAAACUUUUCAACACAUCGGUUGAGGUUCUGCCGUUCGAUAACAUUCAGGCAGACAAAGAGGCCUUGACAGAAGCCAGAGAGAAGACACCAAAGUACCAGCGGACAGAAGACGGGUUCAUCAGAAUAGGAACCUUCCAGAACGGGGUCGCAGAGGGCGAGGUGGACGCCACGUUCGGGCCCCUGGAGGCCAUGCGCCUCACGGUGAUGACGGACUCACCGGUGUGGGUGAUCCUCAGCGAGAUUUUCAUCAAGAAAGCUGAGUGAAGCCCUUCUCCCCGCUGCAGUACCCCAGCUGCUAAGUGCGGUGACUCGAGGCUACCGUCCUGCUCCAGUCGUGUUUAGCAGAUUCCCACUGCAGUGCCGCAGCACCACCAUCUGGUUGGACCUUGUUGCUGCAGGGCUGAGCAGCUCAGACUGAACACACAGGCCGAGGGUGGAUCUUCUGUCAGACCUAGAACAUCCUGUAUUUAUGUACAUACAGUGAGGUAAUUGUUGAAAACACUGGCAACCAUGAGGCUGAGACACAGCUGCUUCUACACCACAGACUCAGAGGACUCCUCAGUUGGAUCUUUCUACCAACACUGUCCAACCUGUAGAGCCACAGUAACCAUGUUUGAGUAUAUACGCAUAGAUACGUACACGCUGUCGUGUGAUGCCCUCCAAGAGUCGCUGUGUGUUGUAGUUGCUGCUCGGGUUCCUCCAUCAGUUUGCCUUAGAGAGCAGAUGAAGGACAGAGGCCCAGAUGCGAGGCGCUUCCCAAAUGUAGCGACCACAAACUCCCAGAAUUCUUUGCUACAACCUCGCACAUCAUUGUGUGAAACUACUGAUGAUGACAUAUUUUCUACUAGUUUUUUAACUGAGGCCUUUAACUGACAUUACUCUGUACUGCUUUAUUGUACUCUGCAGUGCUGCAUUUGUGUACUCUGCAGUACUGCAUUUGAGUUCAAUGUACUUCACAGUACUUCACAGUAAUGCUUUACAGUACUCUGUACUCUUUGGUACUAUAAAAUACUGCUUACUUUGCAGUAACCCUUUAAAGUACUCUGUACGUCAUAAAACUGGAUUACAGUCCUCUGUAGCCCUGUAGUACUCUGAAGUUCUUUACAGAGCCCCAAUGAACUUUAGAGUCUUCUAUGGUCCACAUGUUCUAAUGUACUUUACAGUACCCUAAAGAACUGCACAGUACUCUAAUGCACUAGUCGUUUUCAGUACUUUAACAUUCUCUCAUGUCCUCUGCUGUACAGUAAUGUACUGUAAGGUACUUGUAAUGUACUUUACAAUACAUUCGUGUCCUCAACAGUUCUCUGUAGUAUUCUUAUGUACACCAUGACCUCUGCUGUGCUGUAGUUUUUCAGGCCAAUCCACAUUCAUUCAGUUUAAUAGUAUAUCAUUCCUGGUGCAGUUUUUUCCAGCUCUAUGUCGAGAGCCUUUCUUUACCACAGAAACCGUCAUUUGCUUUCGUCUCAUGGGAUAACAGAUUUGGAUAAAAAACUCUUACGGGUCACUGAUGGGUUGUCCAGUGACCAAAUUUACAUUUCUUUGUCUAUGGAUUGGCUGAUUUAAAUGAUCUUGCUCAGGACUGACCCAAUGUUUGGGGCCACAUUAUGUCCUUAGAAGUCCCUGGGAAACAGUCAGUGCUAUUAUAUAGGCUCAUAGUACAUUUGUGCAUUUUACCCAUUGCAUUUUUAAUAUUCAAACCUCCAGGGUCGACCCCCAUAUAAACCUGUAGAUGCUGCAUUCUCCCAAUGUCAGAUUGGAACAGAGCUCCAAUUUGUUUCUAAAGGAACAAAUGGCAUAAAAAUACUUUGGUGCUGGUUUGAGAUGCUUUAAUGAAAAAUAAGUUAAUUAACGUAGAAAACACACACACAAAAGUUACAUCCUCCUCUUUUCCCCUCCACUAGCAGCUUCUCUCCAGUUCACCGCUGUGCAGUCAGGGCUUCAUUCACUCAUGCACACCAUGUGUUGUUUUUUCAAAUUUAAAGUAAAAUAAGCAUCUAUGAGCUGCAGGACACAUCCUGAGGUUAUUUUUUGGUUCAAUGCACUGGAAUGCAUUACUAUAAUCUUGUGUUUGUCUUUUGUAUCCUUUAGAUGACGUCUAUUUAAAUGAUCUCUAUCCAGUCUGUGAAUUGUAAUAAAGACAAGUUUAAAAAAUG